CAGGCACUAGGAAAGUGUUUGUUCCCCUUUAUUUCCGUUGCGGAUUCAAUCGCUUGUUAUCAUGAAAAUAAGUAGAAAGCCAUUGGAACAUAUUUAAAAUCGCUCCUGAAUUUGUGUGAAGUACGCGAGGUGCCAGUGUCAAGUGAAAAAACAACGAAAAUGAAUCCUUUGAUUGACUUCGACGAGUGCCUUCGGGAUACACCAAAGUUUAGAUCAUGUAUCGAGAAAGUCGAGACAAACAUCGAUCAACUCGAGCAGAAAUUGGAUAAGGUCUUAAAAAAUUGCAAUUCAAUGAUAGACGCUGGAAAAGUAUACGUGGGACACCAGAGCCAAUUUACCACGAGCCUCUGGGAGUUAUCCACCUACUUUAACGACGACCCCGAGGUGAUGGCUUCCCUGAACAAGUUGAUCCACGCCCUCCAAGAGAUGAAUAAAUUUCAAACAAUUCUCCUAGACCAGGCGUCCCGAACAGUAGUAAAAGACCUCAGCCUCUUUAUAAAAACAGACAUGAAAAAAGUCAAGGAAUCACGACACUACUUCGAGAAGAUCUCCAACGAUCUCGACCUGGCGCUGAACCGCACCUCUCAAAUACCAAAAUCAAGACCCUCAGAGUACGAGGAGUCCUCGAAUAUGCUCUCAGCGACUCGUUCUUGUUUUCGUCACACAGCCCUGGAUUACAUUCACACUCUGACGAUGCUGCAUUCACGUCGUCGUCACGAAAUUCUGGGGAGCCUCCUCAGCUACAUGCACGCCUGCUUCACGUACUACCACCAGGGGACAGACCUCGCCCAGGAUCUUGAUCCCUUCCUGAAGGAUUUGAGUGGAGAACUGGCGAGGAUGCGCUUUGAUUCGUCAAAACUCGAGAAGGAGAUGGAAAACCGUCAUAUUCUGGUCACAAGUAGAGACCUGGUGCCUCAGACAUUUCCAGGGACAUCGAAAAUGGAGGGCUACCUCUUCAAACGCACCACCAAUGCAUUCAAAACGUGGAACAGACGGUGGUUCUGCCUGAGGGACCAUCAGCUGGUGUACAGAAAACGAACUGGCGAAGAGGACUACACGAUUAUGGAGGAGGAUCUUCGUCUCUGCACUGUCAAACCUGUUGUUGAUAACGAGAGGAGGAACUGCUUUGAGGUGCUCAGCCCCACGAAGAGCCACAUGCUCCAGGCGGACUCGGAGGAGAUGUAUCUAGCUUGGAUUACAGCUACUCAACAGGCUAUUGGGGCGGCUAUCCAGCGGGGAAUGGGAACUAUUAAUUUGAAUAGUCUGCCAGCUAAUUCUACAGGUCUCGCCAGACCCCCACCUCGCCCCAAAUCCAGAGUCUGGGAGCAGCUGUUGAAAAUUCCAGGUAACGACCUCUGCUGCGACUGCGGAAAUACAAACCCCAGAUGGGCGAGCAUAAAUCUGGGUAUAACUCUGUGCAUCGAGUGCUCCGGUGUUCAUCGAAGUCUAGGUGUCCACUACAGCAAGGUACGAUCAUUGACCUUGGACGACUGGGAGCCUGAGAUACUCAAAGUAAUGGCAGAAUUAGGUAACAACGUUGUGAACAAUGUCUACGAGGCCGAGCCCUCGGCAUCACUGGUAACCAGAGCAUCUCCAAAAUGCUCAGCAGCAGUGAGAGAGGCCUGGAUAAAGGCGAAGUACGUUGACAGAAAAUUUGUGAAACCUAUAGCGAUAUUGGCGAGUAGUACCACCCAACACACCAGUCGAGAUGUCAACAGAUUUCGAAGAUGGAGUGUGAGAAAGCUGAGAAGACGACCACGAAGUCAGGAUAAGAUCGAUGGAUCAAGAUGUAAAGUCACUGGGUUAGCAGCAGUGAAUGAGCAAACUCCUGCUGGUAAUUCUGAUGAUAGUCUCGGGCCGGAAAAAUCGCCAGAUAAAAUGAAAAUCCCUGAGAGAACGUCCAUGAGCUCCGAAGACAGUGAAACUUCGGAUCUUAAGAACAAUUCGACCCUGUACAGCAAACCCUUUUUAGAGAAACGCAAGAGCCAGAUUUCGGACGACUCCGGUGACACGAGGAGGUUAGAAUCACAGGAAGAGAAGUCAAUUAGCAAUGAUAUUGAUGACGAUGACGAGAACAAGGACUCUGGGACCGAAAAAAUGAUCGAUAAGGACGGAGAUGUCCUCAUGUUUGGCUGUGACAUACCCAAGCCGACGAUUGAGGGCAGUUUGGAGUUGAGCUCAGAUCAGGACUCGACUGCUGGUGAGGAGGAGGAGUUUGCUGAUGAAGAGGACAUUGAGAAUCUUCAUGCUGAUAUGCUACUGUACAAAGCAGCUGCUGCCCACAAUCUGCCAGUUAUGUGUGCUGCAUUGGCUGCCGGUGCUGACAAGGCCUGGUCCAACGUCAAUGAUCGAGGGAGAAAUGCCCUUCAUCAAGCAAUCAUCAGUGGAUCUGUUAUGUCCUGUGAGUAUUUAAUACUCAAUGGAGCCAGAAUCAAUUGUCAGGAUGCUGAAGGCAAGACACCUCUUCACCUGGCAACUGAAUUGAGUCACACGGCGCAGGUCUGUUUGCUACUGAAACAUCGGGCUGAUCAGCACAUUGCUGAUGACAGGGGGAUCAAGCCACUGUCUAUUGCUGUGGAAGAGGCUAAUGCUGAUAUUGUCACGCUUUUGAGACUCGGUCUGCUCAACGAGGAGAUGAAGGAUUCGGAGAUCGGCGUCACUGGGGACGAGACGUUCAAUGACGUCGUGAGGGAUUUCAGUCAACUUGCCUGCUCUCAUCCUGAGAGAUUACAGAGGAGGAAUGAGGGGGGCAGUGUGCAGGGGACAGAGUGAGGUUAUCCAGGGUGCAACGAUGAAUUUUUGAGGUAGGAGACAUUUUCCUAUUUUGAUGAACCACUUCAACUGAUUAUGAUGACAAAUAUUGUACAGAAUUCCGGAGCGAAACUGUUUUAGUGAAUAUCUCGAAAUCGAAGGCAGAUGGCUUAAUUUUUGAUAGGAGCUUUUUUAUAGCUCUUUAAUCUCUCUACGGAAAAGGUCAUUAUGAAAAUUUUGAUAUCUCCCUUAGAUUCCGAGAUAAUUUUCAGAAACUCAGUGACCAGCGGGGUCGACUACAAUCGUUUUACGGCUUCGCUUCUGAAUUACUUAGAUCUGUGUAAUUUCAAUUUUUUUACCUCUGAUUUUUUGUUACAAUUCAACUCCAUUAGUUUUAGAUGUAUUUGGGGGGAAUAAUCUUCGUUAGAGACUUGAAGAUAUUAUUUUUUAAUUGUUACCCGGGCGAAAUUGGGGGUUCCAUUGCCAAUUAUAUAGGCUUUAUUUACCGAUAAAAAAUGUUAAUGAUGGAUACAUUCAAUGACGAAUGCAGAAUGUUUGAACUAUGAUUAUUUUUAUUUUUUUUUAUACACUAGAAUUUACACUAUUUUAUUUUUAGAUUUUAUAUCCAGGUAUUUCGGUCCCUGCAUACUUGAAGUGCACUGCUAAUUUUCUCCAUUAAUUAUAUAUUUUGCAAAACAAUGUUUUCAUGUUGGUGUACAUAAA